AGAAAACAGGAAGUUGUUUCCGGAGCCGGUUUUGGGGAAGUGUUUUUCAACACCCAUUAUUGAUCUGGAAAAUCACAGCCUGGCCAAUGAAGGAUGCCUAGAGGAGGACUACAACUAGGACAGGAUAAGGAGUCUUUUUGCUUUAAAGAGAUUCCCACAGGAACGUAGACACAUGCAUCCCUGCAGAGCAGAUCUGUUUUUUCCUGAAUGCUGGAAAUCACAGCAGGAAAACCAAAUCCAUAGGAGCCACGCCGGGACACAAAGCUGAUGAUCUUUGCAGAAAAACCUUAUACGCAUCGUUUUUUAGGAUGGAUCGACCCCUGCAGGGAAGAGAGUCGUUCCGGCGCUGCUGUUCUUACAGCACCCUGAAGUCCUGGCUGCCUGUUCUCUCCUGGUUACCCAAGUACAAGCUGAGGUACCUGCAGAUGGACCUGCUGGCAGGCAUCACUGUAGGGCUGACCACUGUACCACAGGCGCUUGCUUAUGCUGAAGUAGCUGGACUUCCUGUGCAGUAUGGACUCUACUCUGCCUUCAUGGGGGGGUUUAUUUACACCCUCCUGGGGACAUCCAAGGACGUGACACUAGGUCCCACCGCCAUCAUGUCGCUCCUGUGUUUCUCUGUGGUUGGUGGACAGCCUCACCGGGCCGUCCUGCUCAGCCUCCUCUGUGGAGUCAUCCAGGCUGCGAUGGCGUUACUCAGAUUGGGCUUCCUGCUGGACUUCAUCUCUUACCCUGUAAUAAAAGGCUUCACCUGUGCUGCUGCAGUAACCAUUGGCUUUGGCCAGGUCAAAAAUAUACUGGGAAUCCAGGAUGUUCCCCAUCAGUUCUUCCUUGAGGUUUACUUUACCUUCCACAAUAUCCCAGAGGCCAGAGUGGGCGACGUGGUCCUGGGCCUGGUUUGUCUCUCUCUACUGAUCGGGUUGAUGUUCAUGAAGUCACAUCCGGGCACUGACGAUGGAUCAGUCUACUCCAGAUUCGCCAGUAAACUAGUGUGGGCUGUUGCAACCAUGCGUAACGCCUUGGUGGUCGUGGCUGCAACUCUCAUGGCAUAUUCCUGGGAUGCUUAUGGACAUCAAGUGUUCACAAUCACUGGGCACACUACUCGGGGACUCCCACCGUUCAGCCCCCCACCAACCUCGGACACCACGUCUAAUGGAACCAUUGUCUCUUUUAAAGAGAUUGUAGAGGACUUCGGAGGAGGACUGGCUGUGAUUCCUCUUAUGGGUCUGUUGGAGAGCAUUGCUAUUGCCAAAGCUUUUGCCAGUCAGAACAACUACAGGAUCAAUGCCAACCAGGAGCUGCUGGCCAUCGGUGUAACCAACAUCCUGGGCUCCUUCGUGUCAGCGUACCCCAUCACUGGCAGCUUUGGACGGACAGCAGUGAACUCUCAGACCGGGGUUUGCACCCCAGCUGGUGGCAUCAUCACCAGUGUGAUUGUGCUGCUGUCGUUGGCCUUCCUCAUGCCGGCUUUCUACUACAUCCCUAAAGCUUCUUUAGCUGCCGUCAUCAUCUGCGCAGUGGCUCCUAUGGUUGACUACCGUGUUGUGAUAAAGAUGUGGAGGAUCCAUAGGCUGGACCUGCUUCCUUUCAUUGUGACGUUCCUGUUGAGUUUCUGGCAGGUACAAUAUGGCAUCAUGGGAGGUAUAACCAUCUCUGGAGCCCUGCUGCUGUACACAAUGGCCAGACCCAAGAUAAAGGUGUCUGAUCAUGGUGCGCUGGUGAUGGAGUUGAGCAGUGGACUCUGUUUUCCUGCAGUGGAGCAUCUCAGCCACAUCAUACACACUCAGGCCCUGCAGAUCUUUCCUCCGAGGUCUGUGGUGUUGGACUGCCAUCAUGUGAGCAUCAUAGAUUACACAGUAAUCAGCGAGCUGAGGGACCUGCUGAGGCAGUUCAGCCUGAGAAACGUGAAGCUGAUGUUUUCAGGACUACAGCUCUCUAUUCUGAAGAUUCUCCUAGAAGCAGAUCUCCAGGGCUUCAGAUACACCAACAGUGUGGAGGAGGCACUGCUGCAGAUGGAGGAGUCAGUGAGCCUUCUCAGUGACUAAAAUCCAGACUGAUGGAUCUCCGUCUGCAGAUGAGAUGUUUGCGUGUGGACAGAAGCAGGAGAUCAUUUGCAUCUCUUAUCUGGGAUUUUUACAACUGUAGAAAACAUGUGUACCGACAGUUGAAGAAAGCGCUCUGCUGCUGAAACAACAAGAUGCACUUAUUCCAGUUUGUUAAAUAGAGGUUUUACCACCAUGUUGUUUGUUAGUGUUUUAAAUGUUAUAUUAAUGUUUUAUAACAUAUUUUUUCACUUUUCUGCCAUUGACAAAAUUAGAUUUUUAGAAUAAAAAAGUAAAAAUGUGGAAGUAAUGCUUCAAGAAAAACUAAUGUUAAAUAAUGAAGUGUUUUAAUUAUUUAUGAGCCACCAUUACUGGAAAGAAGGCUGAUCAAACUAUACUUCCCAGCAUUCAUUGCAGUUCUGGGAAUCUGCUGAAGUCACAUACAUACUAACAUCACUCUCUAUUUGAAUGUAAGGUGGAAAUAAUUUAGUUAAUAAAUUCAGUUAUAUAUAAAGAUCA